AUCCGUAUCGAUCAACACAAUGGCCAGGUACCCGAGGAACGACAAAAGCAACAGUAAGACUCUGGUUAAAAAGGGUGCCUGGAGUGUCGAAGAAGAUCAAAGACUAGUGGCUUAUAUCGAGAGAUAUGGCAUUUGGAACUGGACUCACAUGGCCAAACCUGCUGGUUUGGCAAGAACUGGCAAAAGUUGCCGUCUCCGUUGGAUGAACUAUUUGAGGCCCAACAUCAAUCAUGGAAACAUCACCCAAGAAGAGGAGGAGACCAUCAUUUUGCUGCACCGAGUUCUUGGAAAUCGCUGGGCCGCGAUUGCAGCUAGGCUUCCAGGAAGAACGGACAACGAAAUAAAGAACUACUGGAAUACCCGCUUGAAGAAACGGGUCUCUGAGGAGAACUUUCGUUUGCAGAACACAUGCAAUGAUGUUAAUGUCCACACUGAUCGUAAAGACAUCUCAUUCCAUCCCUUGACUGACAGUCCGAAUGCAUCAAGCCUUGGACUUGACAAUCAAAUCCCGGCAACAAAUGCAGAUAACUCUUGUCCUUCCAUUGGAGUCCAUGAUGAGAAACCAUGGAGAUAUAACAGGUGCUCAUCACAAGAAUAUGAGAUUGGUGAAGGAGAAACCUUAUGGGACCAAGCUCUUGCAGUGGAAGAUCUUUACAUAGAAGAAGAUUUCGAGUACAUGUGCGCCAACUCAGGAACUAAUAAUGCCCCUUCUUAUGGUUGCGCGCAGCCUGAGCCUACAUACUUCGCUAGUUCCUAUGAUGAUUUUGUCCUAGAUUUGUGGGGGGAGUCAUGA